AAGAUGGAGAACGGCACGGAAGGAAGGAACUUCUAUGUCCCAAUGAACAACAGGACGGGGCUUGUGAGGAGUCCUUUUGAAUAUCCACAGUAUUAUCUGGCAGACCCAUGGAUGUUCAAACUACUGGCAUUCUACAUGUUUUUCCUGAUCUGCACUGGCUUCCCCAUCAACUUCCUGACACUGCUGGUCACGGCCCAGAACAAAAAGCUGCGGCAACCUCUCAACUUCAUCCUGGUUAACCUAGCUGUGGCUGGACUGAUCAUGGUCUUCUUUGGAUUCACAGUCACUUUUUAUACCGCCCUGAUGGGCUACUUCUCCCUGGGAACCAUGGGUUGUGCUAUUGAAGGAUUUAUGUCUACCAUUGGAGGUCAAGUGUCUCUGUGGUCUCUGGUGGUUCUGGCUAUUGAGAGAUACAUCGUGGUCUGCAAACCCAUGGGUAGUUUCAAAUUUUCAGCCACUCAUGCUGCAACAGGUUGUGCCUUCACCUGGAUCAUGGCUUGCUCCUGUGCCAUCCCUCCUCUUGUUGGGUGGUCAAGAUUUAUUCCAGAGGGUAUUCAGGUGUCCUGCGGACCUGAUUACUACACUCAGGCCCCUGGCUACAACAAUGAAUCUUACGUCAUGUACAUGUUCAGCUGCCACUUCUGUGUUCCUGUCUUCACUAUAUUCUUCACUUAUGGAAACUUAGUGUGCACUGUGAAAGCGGCUGCAGCCCAGCAGCAGGACUCAGUCUCCACUCAGAAGGCUGAGAAGGAAGUGACACGCAUGUGCAUCCUGAUGGUCCUGGGCUUCCUGGUGGCCUGGACUCCAUACGCCAGCUUUGCUGCCUGGAUCUUCUUCAACAAGGGGGCUGCUUUCUCAGCAACAGCCAUGGCCAUCCCUGCCUUCUUCUCAAAGAGCUCAGCAUUGUUCAAUCCUAUCAUCUAUGUGCUGAUGAACAAACAGUUCCGUAACUGCAUGCUGACCACCAUUGGAAUGGGCGGCAUGGUGGAUGAUGAAACCUCAGUAUCAACCAGCAAGACAGAAGUGUCUACUACCUCCUAAAUGCUCUCAAAUCUCAGCAACUAUAAUGGAUUUUUCCGCAUGGACUAACAAGUAUUUACAGACAAUGGUGUCAUUUGGUUAUGUUCAGUGGGGUCUCUUCGGGCUCCGAGUCAUCCUGAGUAAACCCUUUGCAUGCUGUACAGUAACAUCUGACGCUGGGGUGCAGUACAGUAUGUUAAGCUUGAACCAUUAGCAAAGAACCAGUUUCUUGUAUUUCAGAAUAUAUGAAAAGAAGGAUCAUAACUUCCCUCAACCAUCAGGCAUAGAGUGCUUUGUUAUCUGGAUGACUUGUCUUUAUGCAAAUGUACCGGCACUUAUUUUGUCCUAUCCUGAAUCUUUAUUUCUUGUGGGCUGGAAUUCAUUUUCCCGACCAAUUGUAUAUAUUUUAUAAAUGCUUAUGAAAUUGUAAAUGUAGGUAAAUAAAUGCAUGCA